AUGGUGUUUGUCGACACCAUAUUUGCCGAGUAUCAAGGCAAGAGGUACUUUGGCAACUGGCAAAAGCUAUCAGCCUGGAGCCUCACAGACUACGAGCGCAUCGUCCUCCUCGACAGCAACCACCUCAUCCUCCACCCCAUCGACGACCUCCAAACCCUCCUCUUCAGCCACGGCCUCCACCACAGCGGCGGCGACCGCAACGACUACAUCGCGGCAGUGCUCACCGCCCCCGGCCACCCCCACCCCAGCACCAUCAUCCUGCACCCUUCCCUAGCCCAAUACCAGCGCCUCCGAAGCACGCUCAACGAAUUCUUCUUCUCCCGAGCCAACGAGCAGGACGUGCUGGUCAUGGCCUAUCGCGGGCGCGUGGCGUCGCUACUGGGCGGGUAUAGCGCGCUCGAGUCGAAAUGGGGGGGGUAUGUGAGCGAUGAUGGGGCGCGGGUGAAGGUGCGGUUGUAUGAUCUUGGGAGGCCGUGGGAGAAGAGGGAGGGGAGGGGGGCUGUGAGGGAGUGGUUGGAUGUGUGGAGGGAGGUGAGGGGGGAGUGGGUUGGGGAUGGGAUGCUGUCGGGGGUGGGUUUAGGUGAUGGGAGGAGGCGGUUGUGGGAGAGGGUUCUCGGGCCGAUGGUUGGUGGUGGAUUGUGA